AGGGUUUCCUCACGAAAGCAAAACACAACCUUACAUUCAUUCACACACAAAGAGCAAAACAACAACAACAAGAGAAACAUGGCGGCUGCAGUAUCAUCCGUUUGGGCAAAACCUGGCGCUUGGGCUCUCGAAGCCGAAGAACACGACGCCGAACUCAAACAACAACAACAAUCAUCCUCCCUUCCCUCUAACCAAACCGUCCCAUCCUCAGAUUUCCCUUCCUUAGCCACCGCCGCCACCACCAAAACCAAGAAGAAAAAAGGCCAAACCCUAUCCCUCGCCGAAUUCACAACCUACAGCGCCCCUAAAGCGUCUCCUCAGACGGAGCGUCUCACUCAAGCCGAGCUCGUCUCCCUCCCGACCGGUCCACGCGAACGCUCGGCGGAAGAGCUCGAGAGAUCUAAGGGCUUCCGGAGCUACGGACGUGGGGAGGACUCGUCGUCGAGGUGGGGGUCGUCUAGGGUUUCGGAAGAGGGUGAGAGGAGAGGAAACGGUGGAGGAUUCAACAGGGAGAGGGAUUCGGGCCCUUCGCGGGCCGAUGAGACUGAUGAUUGGGCCGCGGGGAAGAAAGCCUUUGGUGGAAACUCGUUCGAGAGGAGAGAGAGAGGGGGAGAAGGAUUCGAGAGGAGAGAGCAGCGUGGUCCAGGCGGGGGGUUCUUUGAUUCUCAGUCCAAGGCUGAUGAAGUCGAUAGCUGGGUCUCCUCCAAGCCGAGAUUCGUCUCUACCAACAACAAUGGUGGUGGUGAUAGAUUCGAGAAGCGAGGGAGCUUCGAAUCUUUAUCUAGAAACCGUGAUUCUUCUCAGUUCGGAAGCGGAGGAGCUGAUUCCGACACGUGGGGGAGGAGGAGAGGAGAGGAGAGCGGCGCGCCGGCUGCUCCGAGCGGUGGCGCACGGCCGAGAUUGGUGUUACAGCCACGGACGCUACCUGUGGCUGCGGCUCCUGUGGUUGUGGAAGUGAAGCCGGAGAGUCCGGUGGCUGUGGAGAGACCUGUGAUUGUGGAGAGGCCUAAAGGUGCGAAUCCUUUUGGGAAUGCGAGGCCUAGGGAGGAGGUUUUGGCGGAGAAGGGGCAAGAUUGGAAAGAGAUUGAUGAGAAGCUUGAGGCUGUUAAGUUGAAGGAAGUUGCUGCUGUUGUUGAGAAGAGUGAUGAGAGGUCUCCUGGGAAGAUGGGGUUUGGUCUUGGUAAUGGACGGAAGGAUGAUCGUACUGAUGGUAGUUGGAGGAAAAGCUCUGAGCAAUCUGAGGAAGCAGCUGUAGAAGAGGCUACCAAGGAAGAACCUAACAUGGAAGAACCUACCAAGGAAGAGACUAGCAAGAAAGAGGCUGAAGAAGAAAACUAAAUGGGCAUUUUGGGGAAUGUGAGGAGUUCAUGAGGGUUUUUAGCUUCUGAGAAUUUGUGUUGUUUUAAGUUGUCUGUUGAACUAUAUAGAAAUUUUUGGUAGGGACUCCUUAUAAUUUAUGUCUUUUGUUUUGCAUACAGUCAUGCAAUUUUUAGGGAUUGUGGGUGUCUUUCUAUGAAUUUGCACAAUUCGUUAUUCGUAUUAUUGUUUUUUUUUCAAUUUGAGAACUGUUUCUU